UCAAGGUGAAAACAAAAACCUAAUUCAAUAGCAACAAACACACAAUUAAUCCCAAGGUUAAUUUCAACCAUUUUAUCAAUAAUUCUCAACAACACCAUCAUAUCAUGAGUAGCUCAAGCUCUAGUUCUGUCUCUGGCUCUCCUUGUGGAGCUUGUAAGUUCCUCAGGAGGAAAUGUGCAAAGGGAUGUGUGUUUGCUCCAUACUUUUGUCAUGAACAAGGAGCUUCCCACUUUGCGGCCAUUCACAAGGUUUUUGGAGCUAGCAAUGCUUCCAAAUUGCUCUCUCAGCUUCCCACUAGCGACCGCUGCGAAGCAGCUAUUACAAUCUCUUACGAAGCUCAAGCUAGGCUUCAAGAUCCCAUCUAUGGCUGUGUCUCUCAUAUCUUUGCUCUCCAGCAGCAGGUUGUGAAUCUACAAGCACAGCUUGAGAUUCUAAAGCAACAAGUCGCACAAAGCAUGACGUUUGCUGAUUCACCAUCAUCAGAAAACCCUAAUAGCUUUUAUGGAGACACUACUAAGACUACUUCUUAUCAUCAUGAUCAUCAAAAUAUUUAUCAUCAUCAUGAUCAGAGCCAUCUAGUCAACCAAAUCGGAAGCUUAGGGACUGGUCAGCACGGAGAUGCGAUGGCGAAUAGUUACCCCAGCCAAAACUCCUCGGGCUUUGGAGAAUUCUCUAUCUACCCUGAAUUGGAACAGCACUUGAACACUUUCAAUCAAGAUCAUCUCAAAGAGCUUCAGUCAGCAAAUUUUGGCUACAUAUCGUUCUCGUGAUGGCUCUAUCAAGACAUGGAUUUUGCUUGUACGUACAAUCUAGUACACUGGAUCAGUGGACCUUGAUGCCUUCAUCGGAGAAAGCUGUUUCUGGAUCAUUUUAG